AUGUGUAUUCAAGAGUACAUCGCCUACCAAUGUGGGCACCGGACGCCGGGCGUCGUCCGCCCAUGCCCGCUUACCACCGCAGGACACAACUUUCCUGUCUGCACCAUCCAGCCGUCAAAGCAACACCUGGCCCAAACCAUGUGCGGUCCUUGUGAGAGACUCCUACACUCUCGCUGGGUGCUUAUUCGGGAGUGGGAGCAUCGCUGGCUGCAUGAGCGUGGAGUAUGCAGUUGUGAUGUGGUCUUCCCUGGCCUUCUGACCCAGCCACGCGUGAUUGGCACCGUCUCAGGAGAUGAGGAGGAGGAGGACGGCACCGAAGAGUACGGCAGCACAAUCGGACGUUUUGGCUUUGCUCCCGGUGACACAGCGGAGGCAGAAGAGGGACAACAAGGACAAGCUGGUACAGGAGGAACUAACCACCACAUCCCGCCCAUAUUCACCGAAACCACCGUCGCUGGCGACCAGCAGCGCGUCGCCAUCCGUCUUCCAGGCUUGUACGCGGCAGAGUGGCUGGCCGACCACCGCGCUCUUCAUGAUAGCGGACGAUGCCAGUGUCCGGUUCAGUCCACGCCGUUCCAGCCUGACGUAGGCGAGUACGACAUGAGCGCCGAGGAACGGGAGUUUCUCCAGGAAUACCGCCAGAAUGGAAAUCGUACCCGGGCGAUAAACGAGAGCGAGGAGGAAAUUGCGCUGCGGAUGGCCCAGAUCAAUGAUACAUUUGGACCUUUCAAUCCAGCUGCUGCUGCCACUGCUGCAUCAUCAGCCCCGGUCAAACCAACUCCUGUGUCUGACUUACCUCCUCCUACCGGCCCUCGUCGUGCCAGAGCUGCCUCGCAUCACUACCAGGGCCAGAACCACGGCGCUCAUCAUCCGCAGUUUCGUCAGGGACAGGUUGGACACCACCACGAUCAGCCAAGAUAUUCCACUUUGUCGUCAACGUUGGCCACGACCACCGUCAUGCCCUUUUCCCAGAGGCAGUCUUUCGAUCCGGCACCACGAUAUUAUCAGCAACAGUUCCCUUUCGGCCUUGCAGAUCAACUUGUGCAGCUCUCUAUAUCAACCGCACAGGGAGGAGGACAUUCUUACGCGGGUCCAUCGAAUUACAACAACUACAAUCACACUGAACAUGUCUACGGACCAAACACUUUCAUACCAAUGGGCAUCAUUUUCCCCGAUGAUCACAUUCAAAACCACGUACCCGAGACCCAGGAUGACCAACAACAUCAUCAACAACAACAACCUCAUGAUCAGCAUCAUCAUCAUCAUCAUCAUCAUCAGGAACUUCGCUCCUUAACCAGUAGUCUCCCCCCGCCCUCUUCGCUUCUUCCAUUUCCCGGACUUCCCUACUGCGGCCUCCCCGUCGGCUCGGGACCAGAGGGCAGCGAAGUGCACAUGCCUGCUUGGGAGGAGUGUCCACUGAGGAGGUGCAAGUCGAGCUUACCUGCACCUGGUGUUGGAGCCGAAGGAGCAGUGCCUUCCAUUUCUACCAACCUCGACAAUGCAGAGACUAGUUCUACUGAGUACGGGAUCACCGCCACUGAGCUUUUCGGACCCGAGAUUAAGGGUGGAGUCGAAGCCAAUACCAAUACCGGGAACGGCAACGGCAACGGAAUCGGAAAUGGAGACGGAAACGACUACUAUGAGAGUGGUUGUGAAACUGCGGUUGGUCAUACUGAUACUGAGCAGCAUCAGCCGUAUCGCACUGGUGGUUUGGGAGGAGGAGGAGGACACCAGCGAAGCUCAUCGUACUCUUGA